CCACUGUCCACUUGUAAGUUGUCGACGGUUCCAGUAAGUUCAUCUUUGCAAUACGUCUACUAUUUCUUUUUAGUCUCCAAAACAACUUAUUAUUUGCACAUUUUACAUUAAUCGUGCAAUACUCUAAUUUUACGAUAUACGAAAAGAAGAUAACAGGGACUACUUAAUACAUCGCGAUCACCACUAUCAUUUAAAAGGAUAUUAUAUUAUAAUAUCGGUUUGAUCAUCGUCCUAUUAUAUAGUUGAUAUUUUUCUGUACCGUUAAGAUUUAGUUACUUUUUGAAAAUUGAUUAUAUUCUGAAUGAAAAUGGAAAUGUAUUGCACACCUCAAAACAAUGUUUUAUUCUGUGAUUACUACACGCCUACACCUCGUUAUCCACUAUCGCCAUAUUCUCAAUCGUCAUAUAUAUCCAGUACAUCAAGUUAUUCACAAUCAUCUUUUUCACCAAUCUCAUCACCUUAUACUCCACCAUCUAAAACUUCAGAACCAUUUUCAAAUGGAAAUGAUAAUGUAUUUAAAUUUCCUUCAAUAAUUCAAGACCAAUAUAUUCCUACACGUGAAGAUUUGAUUAGUGCUGCUAUUGCUAGAGCAAAAACUUUGAUUGAAAUAGAAGAAAUUGGUCAGCGUUUAAUUGCAGUCGAUAAAAGACAUGUCAUUCAAAAUAAUGGUCAAAAAACAUUAUUGCCAACAACUAAACAAGAACCAAAACGUGGUAGUGAGUUAUAUAUUGCAUUACCAAAAGCAUGUUUGGAAGGUUUUCUUUAUGCUAUUUUUUCACAGUUUGGAACUGUUCAUCAAAUCCGAUUAAUGAUGCAUUUCUCUGGUUCAAAUCGAGGAUAUGGUUAUGUAAUGAUGAGUAGCCCUAUGGAAGCAGAGACUGUCCUGACUAAACUCAAUGAGCUCACUCUUCCUGGUAUCCGAGGUCAUUUAUUAGUGAGCAUGUCAACUGAUAACAGAACAUUAUUUGCCAGAAACAUACCUAUGGAUUUAUCUGAAGAACAAUUGCAAACAGAAUUUGAAAAACGUGUAGAAGGAGUAAAGAAAGUGAGAGUUUUCAAUAAUACAGAUGAUCCUAGCAAAAAUAGGGAAUUUUGUUUUGUGAUAUUCAAAGAUCAUAGAAGUGCUGCUUUAGCACGUCGCUCGAUGGCAGAAAGUCCAUUUUUUAUAAAUGGAAUUUCAAUUAAAAUUCAAUGGGCAGAAUCUGAACCAGUAUUUCGACACUCUGUUUUGAUGAGGAUGAAACAAUUACAUAUUAGGAAUAUGAAUGCCCAAACAACAGAAGAAGAUAUAUGGAAAAUCUUGUGUCAACAUGUUACACCAAAUAAUAUUGUAUUUAUUAAAAAAAAUAAUACAUGUGCUAGAAUUAAAUUCAUUCGCCAUGAAUAUGCAGAUAUAGUACGGAAAAAUCUUGAUGGUAAAAGAGUUCACGGAAUUAAUUGGAUAGUGAUGUGGGACAAGAUAGAAGGAACCAAAUAUGAAUGUGAAGGAUAUUUUAAGCAUUCAAGUAUAUAAUCUUUAUGGUAAUUUAUACUUGUAUAUAAAUAAAUGUAUAUAUAUCUUUUGUAAAUCCAUUAUAAAUUAUUUAAUCAAUACUGCAUCAAUAA